UUAUUCUCUUCCUCUCCAUCCUCCUUGUGGUGUGGUGGCUUUGACUCUCCACCCCAUAUAUUUAGAACGGAAGAAUGAAGGACACUUCCUGUUGCCGCAGCUGAAAACUAGCAUGCAACAGGAGACUGCUGUGGAUUCCCAUUGCUCUCCCAGUUGUUAGUUGGCUUUACAGAUAAACAGAACUGCAACCCAAAUCCAGCUGGACAGAGAAGAGAAGGAUGAAAGAAGAAGCCAGGAUGCAAUGGAUGGAAGCGGCUUUGGAGCAUCAAUGCACCUACAUUGUGAAGGACCAGCCGUAUGAACCACACUCCCUUCUUACUCCGGCACAAGCCUCUUUGCCCCAGAGCCUGGCCUUCCGGCGCGACAGCAGCAAUCAGGUAAUGGCAGUGAUCAGCAGGGAGUACAUUCCACCAGGCACAAGAUUUGGACCCCUGGCUGGGAAGAUCUUCACUGGACAAAAUAUCCCACAAGGCAUGAAAUGGAAGAACUUGUGGAGGGUUUUCUCCGCAGAUGGAUGUCUUCACCAUAUGCUCGAUGUGAAUGACCCCACUUGCACUAACUGGAUGUGCUACGUGAACCCUGCUCCCACCCGUGCAGCCCAAAACCUGAUGGCCCUCCAGCACAAUCUGGAGGUCUAUUUUUAUACCACUGUACCCAUCUUGGCUGGAGGUGAACUUCUGGUUGGGAACAUCUAUGACAUCUCCAGGAACUCCCAUCCUUUGCUGUCAAGAGAACUGGUGAUGACUCAACCAGGAGACCUGAAGUCCAAAGAUUUUCCCAUAGAACCUCCACCCAAAAUGGGCACUAGACCGUCACAAAAUGGCCCCAGGGAUAACCCGACAUGCAUGGAUCUUUCCACAAAGAAGGGCAAAAGCAGCGACACAGAAGCAAAAGGCAAUGCUGAAGGACAAGAAAAAGACAUGACGGCCAGGAAUCAUAAUACGGAUUCAGUGACAGGGGCCUCCUGUAACAUCAAAAAGUUCAUUUCUUUCCACAGUAUAUUGAAAGAGGAAGUUGCUUUUGAAAAAUGUGUCUUUACAAACGGAGGAGACGUGGCCCCAGAAAAACAGCAUAGCAGGAAGAGCUACCUCCGUGACCCCAAUGCCUUAUCGCACAAGGAACUUCCAUUUUACCUCAGCAACCUUUAUUCCUCCUGCUCACAGUGCCUACCUUUGGGCAACCUGCCCCAAGCCUAUCAUUUCGCCUGCUGUACCACCCCUGCCCUUUCUCCCGAGUGGGUAGCAGCCCCUCGAAACUUCUCCUUUCCACCAGGACUGCCAUGGACAAGCCAUAGAGAAAUGACACCCCUGAACUUUUCUGCCUUUCCCAAAGGAGAAGAAGAUGCCAAAGAGCCACGGAAUCCACUGUCUUCUCUCCACCCUGGGAGCUAUCCACUUCUAGGAUCAGACAGCGGCUGUUCUCCUCUUUCUCCUGGCUAUGCGGUUUGGCCCCUGAAGGUCGCCCCCCAGGAUUUAUGCCAGCACGAGAAUGCCAGCCUCAGCGCAACAAAGACAUGCUCGCCGGUGUUCCAGGAAAGCUGCAAACCAUGCCCUCCAAAGAGGAAGAAUGGCAAAAUCAAAUACGAGUGCAACGUCUGUGCGAAGAGCUUUGGCCAGCUCUCCAAUCUCAAGGUCCACCUGAGGGUCCACAGCGGAGAGAAGCCUUUCCAGUGCCAGAUCUGUAAAAAAUGCUUCACCCAAUUGGCUCAUCUCCAGAAACACCAUCUGGUCCACACAGGAGAGAAGCCACACAAAUGCCCAGCCUGCAACAAAUGCUUCAGCAGCACCAGCAACCUAAAAACCCACAUGCGCCUUCACUCAGGAAUGAAGCCCUAUGUAUGCGCCUUCUGCAACAGCCGCUUCACCCAGCAUAUUCACCUCAAGCUACAUCAGCGGCUGCAUGAGCAUCAACGCCUGAACCAGUGCCCCAACUGCCUCAAAAGCUACAUCCACCUGGUUAGCCUGGAGGUGCACUGCCAAGGAUACUGCCCACGUGUCUCUCAGGCCGCCUGUUCCUCUCGACACAUCCACUGUUUCAAUGAGAUGAUUGACCACUUCGACUUCAGUCUAGAAGCUGACCGUCUGGAAGAGGGAGAGAGUGACCCUGUCAGGGCUGCUCGGCUAGUGGAGGCCGCCAUUCUGAGGGAAAUGGCCACCAUAGGCCAAGCAAAAGGCCUCUGCUCACCAAGCUGGCACAAACAUUUUGCUCUCUUGCCAGUGAAUGCCUACUCCUUUCUUGUGAAGAGGGCAUCCUUGCCCACAUAACCAGCCUAACGCUGGUUAGGGAUGGAGUGGUGGGAACUUAAUGCACUUUGAGUCAAAGUUUGUGGCUAGAACUGGAAUCUUUUCCAAAUUUUCCCAUCUUUUGAGCUGAGGGAAAUAAUGGCAGCAAACAGGGCCUUCUGUGUUGUGGCACUGGAAUUACCUUUCCCUGAGAGUUAUUCUUGGCAACAUCCUUGUUUGGCGGUGAUGGUGGUUUCAAUGCUAAGCAAAGACUUUUUUUAAAAAUCGCUGAGGACUUUGAAGAGUUUUAGAUGUUAUGACGGCAUUUUAGUUUAGUUUGUUUCUCUGUGUCAUUUUAAUUUUCCUAAUUCAUCCAUUUCAAAAUUGUGCUUUUUAUUAUUUGUAAGUUUCCCUCAUAAAUAGCUCAAGAGAAUGAUGACUUAGGGUCAUUUGCGCCACGUUCCACCGUUGUCAGGAUCUCCUCAUAAGUCACGGAAUACAGUGGUGCCUCGCUAGACAGUUACCCCGCAUGAUAGUUUUUUCGCUAGACAUUGAC